AUGAUUCAAAGCAUCAACACACUUAUCAAUAAAAAACUCCCUUCGUAUGGGGUAAAGGCUGGUGUCAUGGAUCAUAACAAUGAUGAAGCAGCGUGUUCAAUGACUAGCAUAGAAACAAAAGACAUUGAUGCUGAAUCAAAGUCUAUUCAUUCAUUAUCAGAACCAUCAUCUUCUUUCUCAUCACCUCGUUCAUCCCCAGUUUCAAGCACAGAUUCAAUUAGCUUCGAUGAAUUCAAAACUUCACCAUCACUCGAUUUGAUUAUAAAAUCGUUCAAGGAUAGGUUAACUGAGGAUAAUAUAAGCAAGCACUCGAAACUCCUUUUAUCUGACCUUAAUGCAUCGUUAUCGGAAAAUGCCAUCACAAUGUUGCCCAAUUUCAACAUAUCACCAACGGGUGAUGAAAGUGGUCUGUAUUUGGUUGUUGAUUUGGGUGGAUCUACACUUCGUGUUGCUGUUGUUACCAUUGCACCACCAGAUGGAAAAUACGCAUCCAGAGUCGACCGAAUAGAUGUCGUCGUUGAAAAAAAAUGGCUAAUAUCAAAUAAGUACAAGGUUAUCAAUCGGGACUUUUUCAAAUUCAUUGGAUCAAAAAUAAUGGAAACUAUCCACAAGCAAGAAGUUUUGAAGUUGUCUGAUGUCAUAAGAGCCGGAAUCACUUGGUCUUUCCCAUUAGACACGACAAGUUAUAAUAACGGAAAAAUCCGACAUGUCUCAAAGGGGUACACAAUCGGAGAGGAUGUCUCGGACAAAGAUUUGAAGCAAUUGUUUGAAUCGGUGUUGCAAGAAGAGUUUACUUUACAAGUUGAUAUAAGGUCUAUUUUGAAUGAUUCAUUAGCAGUCUAUGCAGCAGGGGCAUUCUUAGACGACAAGAUGAGAUUAGCCAUGGUAUUGGGGACGGGAUUCAACAUGUGCUGCUCAUUAGAGGCAAACAAAGAUGGAAUGCAUCCAAGUAAAUUGAUUGACAAAAAGAUGCUCAUCAAUACCGAGUUGUCGUUGUUUGGUCAACAUUUGUGUGAUGAUUUUGCCACCAAGUAUGAUGCAAUUAUUGAUAACCGUUUCAACAACUUCAAACAUCAUUUCAAAACGUAUUUACAACCUGAUCCAGACACAAACACCAUUUUCCAACCUCACGAGUUGAUGACAAGUGGGAGGUACUUGCCUGAGUUGGCUCGUUUGGUGUUGGCAGAAUUGAUUGAAGAUGGAGAGAUUUUCAAAGACUUUGAAAAAAGUGAACUCAACUCCAUUGUCAACGACGAAUAUGACGGUUUCGAAGGUGAGCUUAUGUGCUUCAUCAAUGAAAGUCAUGACUUUAAUGCUAUUGGUGAAAAGCUUUGUCAGGUUUAUCAGUGGAGAAAAAUCGUCUUAAACUCGGAUAUAGUCAUUAUCAAAUAUGUUAUCAAGGCAAUCAUACAAAGAGCAGCGUUUAUUGUUGCCAAUGCAAUUAUUGCAUUUUUCAAACUCAUCAAACAAUACAACAAGAAAGAGGAGUUGAAAGGUUUGUUAACAAUUGGUUACGUUGGAUCGGUGUUAAAUCAUUUCCACAAUUAUAGAAAUUUGAUCAUCAGUUAUGUCAAUUCUAGUGAAGAUGCCAAAACUUGUGGUUACGAGAUUGACUUAAAGUUGAUUGAGAAUAGCUCAAUAAUUGGAGCUGCAAUAGGUGCGGCUUACUAUUCAAAGUAA